CAGAAUUUUCGUUAGUGUGUUAGAUUUGCUUACUGUGUCCAUCAUGCCAAUUUUUAAACAUUUAAAAAACAAAUUAGGGGUAAUUUUAUUAGCUUUUUUGUUAAAUAAAAUCAAAGUCGAAAGUUUGGAACAUAAAUAUUCAUUAGAAACUAGAUUUAUUGAAGUACCUUUGGACCAUUUUGCUCCAUCUACGGGGUCGCAAACCUUUAAAUUAAGAUAUCUGAUAAAUGCUAAAUAUCAUCUCAAAGAAGGACCUGUGUUCGUUUACACAGGUAAUGAAGGUGAUAUUAGUAUUUUCGCUCAAAAUACGGGUUUCAUGUUUGAUAUUGCACCUACUUUCAACGCAUUACUAGUUUUUAUUGAACAUAGAUAUUACGGACAAUCGCUACCCUUUGGAAAUGCUUCAUUUGCUUCGCAUGAAAAUAUGAGAUAUUUAGGUACUUUACAAGUACUGGCAGAUUACGCAUUCGUCGUUCAACAUUUGAAGCAUCUCUUUUUUGAAAAUGUAAAUCCUUAUGACACAUAUCCGAUUGUCGCUUUUGGUGGAUCUUAUGGAGGAAUGCUGGCUGCUUGGUUGAGAAUGAAAUAUCCAUAUUCGGUUAUAGGAGCAAUUUCAUCUUCGGCUCCAAUGUAUUUCUUUCCUGGAAUGACAAGCUGCGAUCUAUUUUAUGAAAAAGUUACACGAGUUUUUGAGAAAUAUGAUGGCCACGUGCAAUGUACCAAAGCGAUUAAACUUGGAUGGGAUGUCAUCAACAACUUGGCAAAAACGCAAUUAGGUAUGGACUUUAUAUCUAAAACAUGGAAACUUUGUACAAAACUAAAAACUUUCGAAGAUGUUGAUCUGUUACAUAAUUGGCUAAGCAACAUCUACAUUAAUCUGGCACUUUCUAAUUAUCAUUAUCCAUCAGAAGUAAAUACACCUUUACCAGCUUACCCAGUACAAGUUUUUUGUGAAAAACUCACCACUUCCUUCUUCAACGAUACCAAAGGUUUGAUCGAACACUUUGGUCACGCUUUGGAGAUCUACACCAAUUACACUGGAACUAAAAGGUGUAACAACAUAAACAAUUCAUUCGAAGAUUACAGCGAAUUUGCUUGGGGUUACCAAAAAUGUACUGAACUAAUAAUGCCGACGUGUUCAACUGAUGCGGACAUGUUUAUCACGAAACCUUGGGACUAUGAGAAAUAUUCAUUGGAUUGUUACAAGAAAUUCGGCGUUAAAACUUUGGAUCCGAAUUGGCCUUUACGUGCUUACGGUGGAAAAAAUUUGAAAUACUAUUCGAACAUAGUCUUCAGCAAUGCAAUGAUGGACCCAUAUUCAUGUGGAGGUGUUACAGAAAACGUAUCUAAUACAAUCUGGUCAUAUAAUAUUAAUGAUGCUCCACACAUUGUAGACUUGAGGAGAGCAGAUACUGCUGACAAUAACUACCUUAUUGAAGCUAGAUCAUUCCAUAUUCAAGCUAUAAAGAAAUGGUUGAACAUGAAAUAACUUUUCGUAGACUGAAUAUUCGUAACUACCAAGUUAAUAAUGAAAAUAUUAUAACCUUAUAUUUAAGAGUUCAUGUUUUUAUAAGUAUUGUUUUAUUAAGUUCAAUUUAUUUAUUAUUUUUUAAGUUUUAAAUUUUAAUGUGUUAUUAGUCAUAAAAUUUAAAAUAUAACCUGUUAACAUAAACAUAGUUUUUCUACAUCACAUCUACUUUCUGCACAAACUACAGGCUCAAUAUGUAAACUACCGUAAAGUGGGGUUACUUUGCACUUAUCCGGGUAACUUUGCACCAAUGCUGAAAGUAUGUUUCUGUCAAGAACGCCCUUUCAUUUAUUUUUUUGAUCCGGCAACCCUACCCACCGAUAUUUAGACACUCCAGUGCGUCACAUCAAUCCGCACCAAUCAUAUCCUAAAAAUGUUAACGUUUCAAAGCUACUAGGUAAAAAUAAUUUAAAUACCGAAUGGUGCAAAGUAAAACCGUUAUAUGGUAUACUUUACACCACCAUUUAAAUUAGUUUUUUGCCUUUAUAGAGUAACUAAUCGACUCAAAAAUGUAGUUAGGAUCAUUCAAUGGCUAUCAAAAAUCAAAAAAGAAUUAUAUUACCAUUAAUGGCUGUUUAGAUAGUCAUAAGAAAAAAUUUAAGUCAAAAAAGUCGUGCAAAAUAGCCCCACUUCACGGUAUAUUAUUUUAAUGACCAUUACAUAUCCAUUCUGGAAUGUACACACAACCAAAAUUAUACGGAAUCAUCUAUUAUUUUUAAUAAUUUUUGAGAUGUAAGAAUAUUUUUUGUUUAUGAAUAAAACGCAGUUCUUA